ACAACCUCUAUCUACUCUGUCGUCGACAAACCCUAAUCAAAACUUCACCUUUUUAACCCAAAAAUCAGCGCGCGGUUUAUCGAUGAAAUUCCACGGCUCUUUCGAAUCGGACGCUCAUCAUCCCUCGAAUUCGAGCUGGAUUUGAUGAUUUUCUGUUCAAUAACCAAGCACUGAAGACUAAUCAGACACGAUUAUUCGAAGAAUCCAUGGAAGGUUCCGGAGCGGCAUCGUUGGCCUCUGUGGAGGACGGCCCGGAGUCGUGGGAGGUUGCUGACGUGGAGGAGAGCAUGCGCCGCCUCAUGCACUCCCCCAAAAAGGAGUCUUCUAGUAUCAACUCCAACAAGCAGGAGGAGAGAGUUGAAGAAUCCGGACCGGAUUUGGGUGUUUCAGAGGAUUUGAUAAAUACAGUAGAUCAGUUUUUGCGGGAAGCUAUACAAAAUCCUCGUGAGCGGCUCUCCGUGUUGAGAAUGGAGCAGGAUGUGGAGAAGUUCAUUCGGGACCCUACAAGGGAGCAGAUGGAAUUCCAACAGUUGCCCACUUCUUAUUUACGCUUGGCUGCUCACCGUGUUGCACAGCACUACUCACUGCAGUCCAUGGUUUUGUUGGAUAAUAACCUUAUAGAUGGUUCUGGCUCCAAAAUCAUUGUUCGCAAGACUUCCAAUAUUCGACUUCCUUUGGUUCGUCUUGCUGACAUCCCUGUAAAUCUACCUAAUGAAGACUCUGGUGCGGUUAAGGUUGCAAUCAAGCAGCGGCCACAAAAAGGGCAUCUAAAUAACAGCAAUUUGAAUGCACAUUCUGAAAAAUCAAACAGUGCAAAAAGUGUUGAAGAAAGAAAGGAGGAAUACAAUAGGGCUAGGGCUCGGAUAUUUAGUUCGAACAGCUCUAUGCGGAGUUAUGCUGCAAAACAGGGAAGUGAUGGCAGGAUUCAUGAUAAUUUCCAGCAUGGUUCCUUAGGACUAACCAAGGCAGAAGAGAGAGGUGGUGGAUCCGAUGGGGUUAUUGCCAGAAGCUUGUCCGAGUCUUCGACAUCUAGCAGUAGGUUACCUAAGAGUAGGACAGAGAGAGAACCAAUUGGAAGACCAAAGACAAAUAGUCGGGUGGCGAUCUUUAGGGACCGCGAAGUUGAACGGAAAGAUCCUGACUAUGACAGGAACUAUGACAGAUACCUGCAGAGGUUUGAUCCUGGCUUUGGAUUUAGUGGAGGUCCGUACCCCAUUCAGCCUAUGUAUGCUCCUGCAGUGAAUUACAACACUGAAUUCCCACAGCUUGGAUCGGGUCACCGACCCCCAAUUUCUUCAGAGCACCAACCCAUGCCUCUUCCUCAACACAUACCAGGGACGUGGAUUGCUCCAUCUCCUCCGGCUGGCAUUGGAUAUGGUCAUGUAGAAAUGCCUUCUUUUAACUCUGGUCAUGUAAAUGCACAACCAAACUCUGGUCUUUAUUUACAUUCUCCUCAAUACCCUUGUCAACGACCUGUGAUGCCAUAUCUCCAUCCUCUUGAUCCAGUUCACCAGCCUUUUUCACAGGUGUCUAUUGCAACGAUGGAGCAGAAAUGCAUUUCUUUAUUGAUCUGGGACUUUAUGAGAGGUCCCAUCAGCAACAGCCUGAUGCAAGUUUCGGAUUAGCCCGGCCCCGGUGAGGGGCUUGGGCCAUGCCUGCACCCUCUCAGGCUCGAGUUGGGCAUGGUUGACCUGUUGCUGCUAGGGCAGCAAAUUUGGCCCAACCGAGUAGGGUGCAGGCAUAAGAAACUGAGAUAUGCUGGAUGGUGCUCAAUCAUGUGCCCCUUCAGCUAGUCUCAGUUUAUAUGGCUUUCGUCGUGUAGACGGAGCAUGUGAACAGUGGCAGUGUAAAAGAUUGCAUGAGUUCCCUAGACCUCUGCAUUACCACUGCAUGUGAUGAUGAUGAUGAAAAUCCACCCAUGAACUGCAACAUAUCAGAGCUUUGACAUCAGUGUUCUGUGUUCGUCAUGAGCACCGGUACACAUAUGGCUGACUGCAACUCAGGACGAAGAAUGUAUCGAGUGAGGAUAUUCCCGUCUGUUAGAGCGAUGUUUGUCUGGCUGAAAAUAUUUUGCACAGGUGAGGCAUGGAGAAGGUGAAGUCGGAGCUUGACAUGGAGAAGCAGAAGUCGGAGCUCGACAUGGAGAAGCAGAACGCGGAGCUCUACUUGGAGAACUUUAAGCUGAUGCGUGAGAACGAAAAGAUGCGCAAGAUGGCCGAGAGAAUCAGCCAGGAGAAUCAGGCCUGGUUGCAAAUAAAGCAGAAGCUUCAAGAAAUAGAUGCCAUGCAGCGCAACACCAGCUCUACUUCAGCAACACCUCACAAGAAGUAGAAACAUGUUUCUAGACAUUCAAAGUCCUUAUCAGUGUUCUGCCAUUGAAGCACAACUCUCUCUCUCUCAAAGCUGCUAAUGUUUUUCUAGUUUA